AAAUAAUUUAUUUUAACAGAGAAGUGGCCGUUAUAUGCAUCUAAACACUCGGUUAUCUUCGUCACGUGACCUAGGCUUAUCAAUUUGACAACAGAGUGACAGUUCUGUCGUACUCGUAUCUGGUAACCCAUACGGGACAAAAUGACCAGCAGUUUCAUGGCUACUGACUCAUCCCAUCGUCUGUCCAUGAACUGAGUGAUUUAAAACCAUCGAAACAGCAUUGGAAACAUUUCUAUGGCGCAACACAGGAUUAUCAACAUGGACCAAGUAUUUGUCAUAGUGUUUGCAUCACUCUGUUUUAUACCAAUUUGUUUUCUACAAAGAAUUACAGUAGAAGGCUACUUUGGACUUGUCAGAAAAAUAUCAUACGAGAUUUUUGACCUGGAAGCAAAUGUUCCAGAGGCUUUUGAUUACUGUAAAGCCAAUGGAAUGGGAUCACCAAAUGCCAGUCCAUUUACAUAUAUGUAUGUCCGGGCAAGGUUACUUGAGUAUGGAUGGCCACAAAACCGCCCUUUACUGACCCCGAUUUACUACCCCAGUGACGCAACCUCCUUUUGGUAUGAUGUGCAUAGAUGCGUCGUAUACAGAAGGAAUGACGGUCUUCUAACCUCUUGGAAUGCCAUUGAUACUUGUGCUAAGAUUGUGAUGGAUCCAUCUAGCGAAUAUGUUUGGGAACCUGUCAACUGCUCGACCAGACUUCCAUUUAUGUGCAACAAGGGACACAAUAUACUAUUCACAUCUAAUGAGACUUAUGUCGGAAAACAAAUCGACAGAAACGUAACGGGGGUGGUGUUUAGUGUUUACGAAAAUAAGACAACACCGCUUGAUUGCGAGACGCAUUGCCUGAAUGCUGCCAGGGCUUGUAUCGCGGUGGAAGUCCUGCAGAUCAAUGAGUCUUACUGGGUGUGUACCGCCGCUCAGAUUCAUUUCCACGAGUUCAUUCAUCGCAACAUGAGUGUUCAGAUGAUUGAACUGAUCCCGGCACCUGACAACUUUACUGUAUAUGUUAAAGGUCUCAACCAGAGUGACGAAGUUAAUAUAAACAACGGAACAUCAUUGCCGUCAGCAACAAAUUUCACAGAGGACAGUUUAAGAUGCAAUUUCAAUUACAAUUUUCCAACGUCAACGGUAGCUCCAAAUUGCAGUUGCGUUUGUUCCUUUCAUAACUAUACGGACGCUGAACUUCAGGCAUGGAUUGAGAAACUCAAGAGUGAACUGCUCCUCAACAAAAGGGCUCUGUCAUCGAAUGCCCGGAAGAAGAUCUCUGCCUCUGACCCCCGGGCCUCAUCACAGGCCAUAGGGAGUCUGGGGGCACUGGUGAUUGUGACAUUCAUCGGAAUUAUAGUUAUACCUGAUAUUCCACUUAUCCUAAAACAAAUUAAACACUUAUCAAAGAGGUAGAGAGUUCUCGUUUUAACGAAGGAAGUUUUCUGGAGCAUUGUGUUCAGACUGUUUUGUGAUAAACACUUUUUUAAUGUGACCAAGUCACUCAACUUUCAUAUAGAAAGGUCUUUUUUUUAAUAGAAAAUUAUAUAAAUCAAGAUAGCCAUAUCUCUUGUCUGUACAUGUGCUCAGAGUUAUCACAGCGUUUAGAAACGGUAAAAUAACGGAUUUGAAUAACACUAUUGCAGAGCUAUUGUGCAUUGUUUCUCGCAACAAUAAGCUUGUUUAAAUUGCCAUGAUGUGACCUACAAAACAUUGUAUUAUUUCUGUCUUCAUUGUGCAAGAUUGGUAAGGAGUGGUCAUGACUAUUGCUGAUUUGCAUUAUUUAAUUUUUUUUUCCAUAUUAAAAUUAUGAAGUGGUUUUUUGUUGUUGUUAUGUUGUUAAUGGUUCUUGUAAACAAUAAAUCUAACUAUUCACAACUUUAA